AUGUACACCUUAUUAUGUCUUAUUCCUAUUCAUUUUCUUACUCUUUUCACUUUCUAUAUCCAAGCAUUCGUGCCCGAGUGGUCUAAGGGGGCCGUCUCAAGAACGGCUAUCGCAAGAUGCGUGGGUUCGAACCCCACCGGAUGCAUUCUUUUAUCUCCUCCUUAUAUACUCUCUAUUAUCCUAUUAUCCUAUUAUCCUUAUUAUCUCUCUUUUCUAUCCUAUAUCUCUCAUUUCUUCUAUCUCUAUUAUUACCUUAGGGGAUGUAGCUCAUUUGGUAGAGCUUUCGCUUCGCAUGCGAAGGGCAAGGGGAUCGAUACCCCUCAUCUCCAUUAUUAUCUAGAUAUCCUUUAUUACUUCUACUUAUAUAUCUAUAUAUCUAUAUAUCUAUAUAUCUUUAUAUGUUUAUAUGGUUAUAUCUUUAUAUCUUUAUAUCUUUAUAUCUUUAUAUCCCUUUCUUUCUAUGUAUACCUCUAUCUAUUUUAUUAUCUAUAUUAUUCUUUAUGUCUAUACCUAUAUAUGACUACUUGA